GGAUUGUGGGAGUUGGGGGCCUACGUGUGGCUCGGAGAAGUCUCGGAAUUGUGUCUGGUUUCUUCAAGCAUUUGCCCAGUCAGACAUUUAAAAAUGGCAUCCAAACAAGAAAUAAUGAGUGACCAGCGGUUUAGGCGGGUUGCAAAGGACCCGAGAUUUUGGGAAAUGCCAGAAAAGGAUCGAAAAAUCAAAAUUGACAAGAGAUUUCGAGCAAUGUUUCAUGACAAAAAGUUCAAAUUGAAUUAUGCUGUGGAUAAAAGAGGACGCCCCAUCAACCAUAGCACUACAGAGGACUUGAAGCGUUUUUACGACCUUUCAGAUUCUGAUUCGGAUCUCUCUGAUGAAGAUAAUAAAACUUUGAACCAAAAGAAACUGAAGAAGAAAAAACCCCAGACUAAAAACGAAAAAGAAUCAAAAAAUCUUGUUGAGGAGAAAAAGAAAGAAGCCAAGAAAAUUAAUCAAAAGGAUUCUGGAAAUAAGAAUGAUUUAGAUAACUCCGAGAGAAUUCAGAAAAUGAAAACCUCGUGCAAAUCUAAGAAGACAGAGUCAACAAGUCCCAAGAGCGAUAGCAAAGAAUUUAUACAAAAAAGUACAAAAGGGAAAAAAACCGUUGUUCAACAUAAUACAGACUUGUUUCCCAAAGGAAAAUUAAGAACAGUAGACUCAGGCACCUCUGAAAUUGCACAGUCUCCCAAAGUCAAGUAUUCUGAGACAGGAAGAGAAAUGCAAUCAGUGGUUCCAUUCAUAAUGGCAAGAGACAGUGAUGGUCAUGAAAACUCAGCAAGUGGUAAAAUGUUUGACAAAGAAGCUCUGGAGGAAGAUUCAGAAAGUGCUAGUGAAAUAGGAGGUGAUGAAGAAUCUGAAGAUGAAUUUACAGGCAUUUGUAGAGCUGUUGCUGCUGAUCUUCAUGAUGAUGAUGAUGAUGAUGAUGAUGAUGAUGAUGGAGGGAAUGAAAAUGAUGAGGAGGAUGAAGAUGAGGAUAGUGAGGAUGAUGGUGAAAGUGACAGUGGCCCCGAUCUUGCGAGGGGCAAAGGAAAUAUAGAAAGUAGUUCUGAAGAUGAAGAAGAUAUGGCAUAUUUACUUCCAGAGGAAUCUGGUUUUGAGCAUGCUUGGAGAGAAUUAGAUAAAGAUGCUCCUCGGGCUGAUGAGAUUACGCAUCGAUUAGCAGUUUGCAACAUGGACUGGGAUAGAUUGAAGGCAAAAGAUUUGCUGGCUUUGUUCAAUUCAUUUAAACCUAAAGGAGGUGUUAUAUUUUCUGUAAAGAUAUAUGCUUCAGAAUUUGGAAAGGAGAGGAUGAAGGAAGAGCAAGUUCAAGGACCAGUAGAGUUAUUAAGCAUUCCUGAAGAUGCCCCUGAAAAGGACUGGACCUGUAGAGAAAAACUGAGAGAUUAUCAAUUCAAACGACUGAAGUACUAUUAUGCGGUAGUAGACUGUGAUUCUCUUGAAACAGCCGCUAAAAUUUAUGAGGAUUGUGAUGGCCUGGAAUUCGAAAGUAGUUGCUCGUUCAUAGAUCUCAGGUUUAUACCAGAUGAUAUUACUUUUGAUGAUGAGCCCAAGGAUGUAGCCUCAGAAGUGGAUUUAACAGCAUAUAAGCCAAGAUAUUUCACAUCUGCUGCAAUGGGAACAUCAACGGUGGAGAUCACUUGGGAUGAGACAGAUCAUGAAAGAAUUACAACACUCAACAGGAAGUUUAAAAAGGAAGAGCUUUUGGACAUGGAUUUUCAAGCCUACUUAGCUUCCUCUAGUGAAGACGAAGAAGAGAUAGAAGAGGAGCUACAAGGUGAUGAUGGAGUCAGUGUAGAAGAAGGUGGGAAAACAAAAAGAAGCCAGAAGGAUGAUGAAGAACAAAUUGCUAAAUAUAGGCAGCUCUUGCAAGUUAUUCAAGAAAAAGAAAAGAAAGGCAAAGAAAAUGAUAUGGAAAUGGAAAUUAAGUGGGUUCCAGGCCUUAAAGAAAGUGCAGAAGAGAUGGUCAAAAACAAAUUGGAAGGAAAGGAUAAACUGACCCCAUGGGAACAAUUUUUAGAGAAGAAGAAAGAGAAAAAAAGACUGAAAAAGAAACAAAAGGCUCUUGCUGAAGAGGCCAGUGAAGAUGAAGUUCCCUCUGACGUUGAUAUGAAUGACCCAUACUUUGCCGAAGAAGCUAAAAAAAUAGGUAUAAAAGAAAAGAAGAAAUCAACAAAAUCUGCAAAAGAUGGCACAUCUCCAGAGGAACAAGCUGAACUAGAAAGACAAAAGGCUGAAAUGGCUUUGCUCGUGAUGGAUGAGGAGGAAGAGAGCAAGAAACACUUCAAUUAUAACAAGAUUGUGGAGCACCAGAAUCUGAGCAAAAAGAAGAAAAAACAGCUUAUGAAGAAGAAGGAAUUAUUGGAGGAUGACUUUGAGGUCAAUGUUAAGGAUGCACGGUUUCAGGCAAUGUAUACUUCCCACUUGUUCAAUUUGGAUCCUUCAGAUCCUAAUUUCAAGAAAACAAAAGCUAUGGAAAAAAUCCUUGAGGAGAAAGCCCGUCAGAGAGAACAAAAAGAACAACAACUUACUCAGGCAAUAAAGAAAAAAGAGAGUGAAAUUCAGAAGGAAUCACACAAGAGAUCCAUUGAUCCUGCCUUGUCAAUGUUGAUUAAAUCUGUAAAAAACAAAACAGAGCAGUUUCAAGCAAGAAAAAAGCAAAAAGUCAAAUAGGUGUAUGUUGUUUCUUUUUGGUUUGAGAAUGUAUAAAGUAUACAGAAGUGAUGGAAGGAAUACUUAUUGGGAAUAGUGCUAUACCUUUCAAGAAUAUGAAUAAAAACUGACUGUUGUAAAAUUUAUUUUCUGUAUAUAACAGUUAGACCUAAUUGUGUAUGAUUGAUAGAUUUGUACUGUGUAUUUCCACAGAUUAAUCAUAAUUAAUCCAGAUUAUAGGAUGUAUAAAAUUUUUAUAUUUAUUACUCUGCUAGCUUUUUUUAAAGACUGUUUAUAAUUCUAUGUAAAAAAUAGAGGAGUGACCAAGUCUUAAGUCUGAAUAAGAGUUAGGAACAACUUGAAAAUAUGUAUAUGCAAUACAUUAAUUUAUCUGGAAGCAGGAGGCAGAUUUAGAUACUUGUUUAAAUAAUUUAUAUUUCUAGCCAUAAUGAAUAGAAGCCAAUAACUUUCUUUGUUGUUUGGUCAUGUUUAUUAUAGUUUAUUAAUUUGUAAAUAAAAAUUUUUACUAUUU